GCAGGGGCAGCGAGCCGGGUCCGGGCGGGGCUGCUCCGGAGUCCCGAGGCGGCGGCGGCGGCGGCGCCGGAGGACGCUCAUCUCUCACCGCCCGCGCCGCUUGGACGCCGCCGGCACCAUGGGCUGCUGCACCGGGCGCUGCUCGCUCAUCUGCCUCUGCGCGCUGCAGCUGCUCUCAGCAUUAGAGAGGCAAAUCUUUGACUUCCUUGGCUUCCAGUGGGCUCCUAUUCUUGGAAAUUUUCUACAUAUAAUAGUCGUCAUAUUGGGUUUGUUUGGAACCAUUCAGUACAGACCUCGAUACAUUGUGGUGUAUACAAUAUGGACUGCCCUUUGGGUCACCUGGAAUGUGUUUAUUAUUUGCUUUUAUCUGGAAGUAGGCGGACUCUCUAAGGAUACAGAUUUAAUGACAUUCAACAUCUCUGUCCACCGGUCGUGGUGGAGGGAACACGGACCUGGUUGUGUCCGAAGAGUGCUACCUCCGUCGGCGCACGGAACGAUGGACGAUUACACGUAUGUCUCAGUCACAGGCUGCAUCGUCGCCUUCCAGUACCUGGAGGUCAUCCACAGCGCUGUCCAAAUACUACUCUCUUUGGUUGGUUUUGUGUAUGCCUGUUAUGUGAUCAGUAUUUUCAUGGAAGAAGAGGACACUUUUGAUUUCAUAGGUGGACUUGAUACACACUCCUACUACCAGGAUCAUGUUGAGUUAAAGCCUGUUAAACCUGUCGAAAUAAGUAAUGACAUUGACUCUGAAAUGCGGCUGCUGAACUUGGCUUAGGAAGCAAAGCACCACAGACAGCCCCUCUGUGGGCCCUGCCCUGCCUCAUCUUCCUUCCAGAGGACGGACUGUGCCUCCCUGCUUCUCCACAAAUCAUGGAGUUCUCCAGUCACAGCCUGUGUAUUAUUAGCAUUGUCGCUAGAUGAGUUGUAGGUGCUUGGGUGGGUAUUUUUUUAGUCAUCUUCUUCUUAUAUGAAUACCUGUAAAUUGUAAAAAAAAAAAAAAAAAAAUUGUUUUUUAAUUUUUUAACAAUAUUUAAUGUGAGGCAUGCAAAACAAAAAUGUAGAUUUCUGUGAAAAUCUUUUUCAGUCAAUUCUAAGAGAACUAUUGGUGUGUGUUGUUGAGAUGGUAAACCAGUCUUGCUGACUGAUGCAGUAGCGGUUCUAUAUGCCUGACGCAGUUUGUGAUGAUGGGCAUCACCCACGGAUGCUGGACAUGAUGGUAAACAACGUAACAGCUCGUAUGUCGGUAGAAAUGGUGGCUCUGGCUUCCAGACUGGUUAUGGUCAUUUUUUCAAUACCACAAGGCAAAACAAGGCAUCUUCCUUUGUUCCCAACUUUCUAAAACCGAGAAUAAUGUUAUGGCAAUCUAAAUUUUCAGAUUCAUGCAUGAUCCCUUGCUUUUCCUGUGUCCUGCAAAGAAUAUGUAUCAUAGGCACAAGGAAGAGUAAAAUGAUUAGUAGAACACUUUACCCCUUUGGAAAGAAUAGGGUUAUCUCUGAGGUUCAUAUUUGUUACUCUUUAUCCCACUCCUGACACAGGUGUUAGACCUAAACCUACAGCUUAUCAGCUUGUGGGAUGGAAAUCACAACCAUAAAUCUGCAAUAAGGAACUUUCCUCUUAAGAUAUUCAAAAGGAGUGAUAAAAUAGUGUGAAGUUCUCUUUAAAUACUCCUAAAGAAGAUAUUUAUGUUUGUGUUACAUCGAUUUUUCUUUCUCCUACCCCAUCCCGUUAACCAAGGAAGUGUUACAGGAAACAAUGUUCUGUGGAAAAGAGAACUGUCUUGAAAACACAUCUCAUUUGUUUCCCAUUCAUAUCUCUCAACUACAGUUUCCCAUAGGAAAGUAAGUUUUUCUCACUUUGGAUAACAACCAAAGCACCUCCUGUAGAAUACUAAAUUGUGCCUAUGCACAUCCUUUCGUACAGAGGAUCUUAUCAUGGUCCAUAUAUCUCUAAGAAGUCAGUCUACAGACAACCUAAAAUUGUAUGUACGUUGUUGUAUGUGUGUAGAACUCCAUUUUUUCUUCUUUUUUUCGGUUCAUGGAUUUCACCAGAGUCUGUUAAGAAUCAGAACUUAAUGCAACAAAGUCUGGCAUGUUUUCCCCCAGUUUAUGACACCCACUGUGGGGUUUCCAGAGACCUUUUCUACUCAGGAGCUCUAGACUGUGCCCUGUGGUCAGCUUACAUCACGUUGACUACCCUCACUCGCCAUCUUUCUAAAUAAAUCUAAAUUCAAAAUGAAGACACACUUGCAGGGGGCUUGGAAGUCAGGGAACCCACUUGCCCGUUCCACAGCUGAGAGAGCUGAAGCCUGGACCACUCGGUGGCCCUGCCCAGAGUCCUGCACUUGCACAGAGGGGCAAGACCUGGGGCCAAAUGAAGGAGAACUUGGAGGGUAAACAUUUGAGUUGAGGGUCACAGUUCCACCACUGUGGCCUUGGGAGGUAUUUGACAACAUGGCACUGGAGUUGUCCUCAUCUAUAAAAUGGAACUAUAUUGCCUAAUUCACAGGGUGAAGUGAGGAUUAGAUGAAAAAAUGUUAGAAAAAAUAAUUCUCUGUAAACUGUGAAGCACUAUACAAUUGUAAGAGGCAGUGACUAUCAGGAAAUGCCAGAACAAUCAGCUGACCCUUUCUGGAGUCCUUGCUACACACCCAAGUGUUGUGAAAGCCCAUGGGAACAACUCCUCAAAGUGUCCUAAAAAGCAGUUUGCAAAACAAUUGCUCAUGUUUAAGAGAUUUGAAACAAUGCAGACUAAAACUGCAUUUUUCUCAAUUAAAAAUUACUUUUAUAUUCAAAUUCCGAAACUAAUACAUAUAAUUAUUAUGGAGAAAGCCAAUAAAACAUCAAAAACAUAGAAAAACAGUAAGACAGAAGGAUAAAAUUAAUAUUUAAAGUUGUCAUUUCAACACACACACACACCAAAACAUAGUUAACAUUUUACAGAAUGGUGCCACACUCACCUUUUAUUACUAUUUCAUCUUAAUGUGAAUUUGUACACAUUUCUGAGAUGCACUGCAGAGUCCUAGAUCUUGCCUAACUGCAGAUAACAGAUUUGAGGGGUAAAUCCUCACCUUAGUGAUUUUCAAUGAAUAUUCAAAGUAGGCAACUAAUUAAUAUGGUAUGUAUGCUUUAUGUUUUAAUCUUUCUUCACUUAAACAAUGAAGUUAUAGCUUUAUCAUUAAUCCCCACUCCCAACAACAUAUAAUGAUUAUUCCAAAGUUUUGGAAAAUUUGCCACUCAUCCAAGAAAAGUUAAAUGGAUCUCCCACCACUUCUACUUCCCUCUUUCCUUCUCCAAGUCUCUGGUCCUCCUGGCUACUUUUAAGGGGCUCUGUUAGCAAAGCACUAAGCUAACAUGUCCCCAAGUACCUUUGCCUUCCACCUACCAUAUAAUGUGAGAAUAUACAUCCCUGAAACAGAAACGUAGGUCCAUGCCACUUCAAAUCUGAGAGGCUUUUGGCUCAUUUGUUUUGAAGGUAACUUGACAUCUUGCCUUAGCAGAAUAUGGACUUCCUUCUUUCUCCCUUCAGAAAAAUGAGCCCUGCUAUUUCCUGUAGACCUAAGGAAAGCAGCCAGUUUCAAGAAGCUGUAUCUAACAGGAUAUGGCAAGGCUGUCAUUUGUCUCACUUACUGAAUGGGACGCUCCUGAUUGAGAGGAAUUUGUCCUCAUUAGAUUAGAAUCAACAAAAAAGCACAUUGCCAUGCUGAGGAAAACGAUCAUGAGUCUUUGCUAAACUGAGAAGCAAAUAGAAACCAAAACUGUUGUUUGCAAUCUUCGCAGAUUAGAAAGGAAUCUUGUGGAGAAUAAGCAGAUCCUCCUUUUAUACUUAAUUUGAAAAUGUAUGGUGUUUGAGACAUGUGGACACAGUAUGGAAUGAAUACUCUGGUGAUUAUUUCCUAAAAGAAAUACUCUCCUACCAUUUCUGAGUUACCUUAGUAUGUAUCUAGGAGAAAGUUUAUAGUUACUUAGAAUUCAAAUGUUCUAACUUGACAUUUUAACCCAAAAGUUAAAUUGCUUUUGAGUGGUAGCAGAAUUAAGUAGGAGAAAAAUACAAAUUAUUGAUGUUUUUAAACCUUGAAAUCUUGAGUGCCUGUUUCUCUUGUGUCCUUCCUAUUUAAGAGUUACCUGUAACCUUUGUUUGAAAGGAGAUCUGUGGAAGUAUCUAAGAACCAUGUUCAAAUACCUGUGGUACAUAGACCCACAACUUUAGGAUGAUAUGCCUAGAAGUAGAACUGAAAAAGGACAUCACUGCUCAUGUAACUUCACAGUGUCCAAUGCAGAAAGGAAGCAUGUGUAUUUUAAAUAUUAGAAGAAUGCAUUUAUCAAUAAAGAAAUAACAAAAAAAUGGAAUCAUCAAAAAAAUUCAAACUUUUGGGCAUCCUCUCUUUUCCUCCUGACAGAGACCAGUUUCUCCAAUGAGGGCUAAGAAAGAAUUUGUAAUUCCAUUUCUGGAAGUGCAGAAAGCUUCUUAAA